AUGCGUCCCGGCUGCUUAGCUAAGCGGUCCCAGUUUCAUCAUCAGGCACCUUUGUUUGGAUCUACUCUGGAUAACGCCGUACUAAUCCAAGGCUGGAUAAUCCAGAUAGUCAAUUCCUCCUCGGACACGGACUAUUUAGACCAACUCAUUCCUUCGAUCCGGGAGUAUAGCCAUGGCAAUCGAACGUCACAGCUACUACAGUCCCUUACUAAGUUCGCGAAUGACCGCGAGGCGCAGAUUGAGAGUAUCUGCACUUCUACACACCAGGAAUUCGUCACCUCAAUUAAUCAGUUGCUGGACAUUCGAGAAGGUACCGUUAGUUUGACGUCCGAGAUAUUGGACCUUAAUCAAUCGAUCCAGGCCAGUACCAAGCGAUUGGCAGAGCAAAAGAAGGCCUUGGUCGAAUCCCGGAGUCACCGGCAGAACAUCGAUGAAACCUCAAAGGCAUUGCAAGACUGCCUCGAGGUAUUACUCUUGGCCAAUCAAAUCUACGAUUUGCUAGCAAAGAAGAACCAUUAUGCUGCAUUACGAGCGCUGGAUGAGCUCCAAAACGUCCACUUAAAGGGAGUAACUCAGUACAAGAUUGCAGAAGUGAUACAGCGCUCUGUUCCUGUUACUCAAAAGGCGAUCGCCGAUGCCGUGAUGGCGGAUUUGAACACAUGGCUGUACCGUAUUCGAGAGAUGUCUCAGUAUCUUGGAGAGAUAUCUCUGUAUCACACAGAUCUGCGUCGGGCUAGACUAAAGGAACGCUCUGAAAAAAUGCCAUAUCUUGAACACUUCAAGCUGAAUUCUGCAAUUGAACUGAUUUCAGAUGAACAUGAAGAAUUUGACUUGUUACUAAAUGAUGAUCUUCAAGUCGAUUUCACUCCGCUAUUUGAGUGCUUGCAUAUCCAUCAAUCCCUCGGCCGAAUGGAUAGGUUCCGUGUCGAAUAUGCUACUACAAGGAGGCGCCAAAAAGAAUUACUGCUCCCUCCUUCUAUUAGCCUUCUCGACGAGGAGGGUGCUUGCCUACAUACCCUGCUUGAAGAGAUUGCAGGAUUUGCAAUCGUCGAGCGGACUACUAUGAAAAAGAUACCCGACCUGAGGUCCCCGGUUGAUGUCGACGAACUUUGGGAUUCAAUGUGCCAAACGGCAGUUGGUUUAAUGAAAAAGGCUUUACCUUCGGUUAAUAAUGCAGAGAAUUUAUUAAAAAUCAAAAACUUGAUUGCAUUAUUCAUGCAAACGAUGGAUAUCGUUCAAUCAGAUGAUUACAUGCCGAUGGCCAUACAAAAUGAAGAAGAAUACGAUAAAGUUCUCAACAUGUAUCCCCUUUGCUGCAUCGACAUUCGAAAUUUCCUCAAUCAGUUUUAUUUCUUUUCAAACGACGAUUUCCAGCAUCCUAAUGUCAUCGACGAAACUCUUAAAACCUCUUUGGAUGAGCUACUUUCCGACAAAGUCUGUGAAACUCUUGUCGAGCGUCUCAGCGCCCAGUAUCUAGGCCAAAUCGUACAAAUUCUUAUAAAUCUCGAAUACUUCGAAAUAGCGUGUCAAGAGUUGGAACUACUCCUCGCGGCAGCACGAUCACCUUCAUCCGGUGACGGACCAGUGACCCUUGGCGCAACUGACAAAUUUCGAAAUAACAAAAAAGUAGCCGAGAAACGAAUCUUCGAGCUUGUCAAUUCUAAGAUUGAUGAUCUUAUUGAAACGGCUGAAUAUGACUGGAACGCACCUAAACUGCACAAGGAACCUAGCAACUACAUGCAAACUUUAACACGGUUCUUGUCUAAUAUUAUGAAUUCCACGCUCCUUGGCUUGCCGACCGAGAUCAAAGAGCUCAUAUACUUUGAUGCUCUGAGUCACGCCGCGAAUAUGGUCUUGGUUCGUAUCUUGUUCCCGCCCGGCUCCUUUACCCACCGUUCUAAUAGCUUCGAGCAGGCCCUUCCUCUAUCCCCAGACGUCAAGAAGAUCAACCCAAACGGCGUUGCCGCCUUGGCUCAAGACGUUGAUUACCUCACGAAAUUCGUAGAGGGGCUGGGUGUACCCAUUCUCCUUGAGAAUCUCGAUGAAUUGCAGCAAACUGUGCAACUGAUGGAAGCAGAUAACACGGAAGAGUUUUAUGAUAUUUCCAUUCGAAAUAAAAAAUACGGUCGUGUGGAUGCUAUGAACGGGCCGGUCUUGAUAGAGAAGUACGGCAGAUGGCUUGCGAUUGUGUUUGAAAUGGGGUGA